UUCACUUUGCAACACUGUUAUCCAGCGUGUCUUGGGGGAAAACCAAUUUAUUUUCUUUUGGAUCCAUCUAAUCUUAGACUUCCCCCAUAAAACGGCCGCAAGCAAAGUCUCCAUAUCUUUUAUCGAUUGUGUAAACUCGAGUAGUUCAUUUGAAAUCAGUGACGAUGAAGAAGGUGCUAUUAACAAAAUCGAAGCACAACCAGCCAGUCGCUGGCGGAUCGGAUAUUCCGUUGGGCAAGCAAGCAGCAUCACUUCGAGUGAUUUCAAUGCCCGCCCAACUGGGCACCACAACCUACAUUCAGCGCAAGUCCUUCCAGCCCGUCUACGAGGACAUUUUCAAAUUACUAAUGCGAAUUCCCGACAAAGCCCUCACCCAACGGGUGAUCGACGCGAUUAAUGGGCGUAAUAACAGCGAUAAGGUCGCUAUCUCCCAUUCAGGUAAACAGUGCUCUUGUGGGGCCCAAAAAGUGGACGCCUCCACUCAAACUGAUCCGGAGCCAGAGGCAAGGAAUCCGAAAUCCGAGGAAAAACCUGCCAUCAAGAGUGAAUCAUCUGCUGUUUAUAUCAAUGGUACAUCGAUCAGUCCAAGUUCCACUGCCCUCGAAACACCUGAGCAACCACUGAAAGUUGUCAAAAAGCGCGGAAGAAAACGAAAUACAUGUGUGCCGCAGGUGGUCAAAAGAUCUGCGGCUGAAAUGGCACGCCAGGAGCGGGAGGAGAAGCAGCUGACACCUGUGGUCGCCAAAAAGAAAAAACAUGAUGUUUCGGAUUCGAGAAAUUCAGGGGGAAAUGGUGUAUCAAAAGCAACCCCUCAUCGAAGAGACUCGAGUUUUUCAGACAUAUCCUUAUAUUCGGAAGAAAUUAAUCGGGUUGAAGACUAUAUAAAUAAUGGUACCAGUUCAGAGCGAAUAAUACGCAUGAUGGCCCAAGAAUUUAGUAAGGCUCGUAUCAUGUCCGAGGAAGGAUUGCUACCCAUCCAUGAUGAAAUCCUGCGCGGUGAUGUUUACGGCGUACAUCGUCAGGCUUUUGUGUGCAACCACGCCAAGGUCGACAUCAAUGAACUACUCACCAUCGAUGGCGAGGAUUGCCUGCAACUAGCUCUGACCAACGACACGGAUACGGAGAUUGUAUCGAUCAUUUUGAGAAUGGGUUGCCACACAGACCACCUCUAUGAGAACUCAAAUACAGCUUUGCACCUAGCGGUGAUAAAUGAUAUAAGUAUUGAGUCCAUUAAGGUGCUGAUGCGUCGCAUCGAUCUAAACCUUCUACUGCUGACUAACGACGACGGUUACACAGUUUUGCACCUGGCCGUGCGUAAUAAUCAGUUUUUGGUUGCGGAGGCGAUAUUGGAUAUUAUAGACGAGCGGGAAUUGGGUGAACCAGUGUAUGGGAGAGCAACGGAGACCCCGAGUGCCGACAUUAAAGAUGAGAAGGCCUUUGCCAAGUACUAUGAUCGUGCUUGCGAAAGACUAGAAACCAACAAACACAAGUUUAAGAACCGGAGACGUAAACUGAAUGUGAUAAAUGCCUCCGAGGCAAAGGGAGGCAAUCCGCCCCUGUUUUAUGCCGUCGAAGGGGAAUUGGAACACCUUUGCUAUUUCCUGCUGGCACAUCUGGCUGACCCCGACGAGGAAAACUUAAGCGGGCAUUCCCCGAAAUCAUUUCAUUACGAAUACGCUCGCAUGUUGCGGAUAAACCUGCGAGUGGCGCGCGUCAUGGAGCAAGUGGCUGGCAUUUUGAAUACUUGACAUUGUACAUUAUUAAUACAAUAUUGGCUACUAUGCCCAGCUUA